CGGCAUCACUUUCGCCGUGGGAUCCGUUCACUCUUGCGCGGGACACACGCUCGGCAGUGUGCGAGAGCGCUCGGAGUAGAAACGGCAAAAAAUAAAAAGCAGACUUUCUGGAACCACAAAGAAGAGUCGGUUUCAGAAAAAAAAAGUGCUUUUGCCUUCCAAACAAGAGAAUUCGAAUUGCGCUGUUUUGGCACGAUGGAAAUAUUCCGUGAGAAUGAACUUCGAAAUCUAGUGCAUAAGAACAAUUAACGUCGCGGUGAACGACCUCGCGAUUACAAAGCACCGAGGAAGUUAAGCCGGUCGUAACGGCUAUCGGAAGUGAAGUUGAAGUUGAUCGAGAUUCCGAAUCGCUGUUUUUGUUCCCGUCGAACGUGAUUUUUCGUUAAAUAAUCGUUUUAUUUGCGAGAUAAAAAUCAAAUAUUCGUGCACGAAAACGUUACGAGAAUCCUGCGCGAUUUGACGAGCAAUGAUGGAGCAUCCCCUCGAAAGUCAGUGAACGAAUGCGUGUUUAACAACACAAAAGUUAUACUUGUAACGCAAUGUUAUUGCUCGCGGUAACAACAAGUGUGCAUAAACAUCGGAUAAAAGAGUCCUCGAUAAUCGGAGAAAGAAAAAGAUAAAAGAAAAAACGGCGAUCGACGCACAGUGGGAAACACGAAUAUUUUCAUUGCGCUCUGCUUCGCGUCGCGUACGUGACGAAUCAAGGAACGAAACUGUCUCUUUGUCCAACCAAGAUCGAGCUCAUCCUUCAACCAACAAUUUUCCAUUCGUCGUUGUUAAAUCGAGCAACGUAGAAAGAAAUUUAAAGAUAGGCAGCGAGCAAGAGGAGAAAAGGAGAACACGAGAGGGAGAUAUGGAUGCCCGAGUUUUGAUCAACGGCAUUUGUUUUCUCGCGAUCAAUGCCUGGAUCAUUUAUUCGUUCGCCCUUCGCGGCACCACUCCUCAACCGACAGUCAUGUGAAAAGCUUCCCCCGGUCAACGUUUUUUGCAUUUUAUAUCCGAAUGGAAAAAAAAACGUAAUUUUUAUCAAUGCAGUGUAAUACAAAUGUUGAAUAAAUAUUGAAAUUAGCCACUUUGAACUUUAUCCAGUCGCUAAAUGCAUGGGUGAAAAAAUCGAAUUCACCGUGAAUACCGUGAACUCAGUUACGCGGAUAUACUGUUGAGUUUAUAUUUUAACACUAAAAAUUCGAUAAACGAGGAGACGUCGCAAUCAUGGAUGGACUCGUCGAAAUAUUUCUCUUCUGCGGAGUCCUGUAUUAUUUCUGCAACCUCAGGGGGAAUAAUAUGGUGGACGUUCUGUCGACACGCCUGCAAGAGGUUUACGCGAAAUGGGAAUCCCGGACGGACGUAAUUCGUACAACGGAAUCAAGCACGCCCAGACUUUCUCUCGAUGGGCUUCGUCGAGCUGGUCAACAGGUUCAGCGAAAACGGAUACAGAGUCGUGAGCAAGCGAGAAAAAGUCGGGAAAGUUCGCUGUACAAAAUCAAAGAAUCGGAAAUAAUGGCACCUACGUACACUGAAACUACGGCAUUUCUCUAUCACUGCUGCAACACCUGCACACCCACGUCCAGAGGAUCCUUCGUUGAUACUGCAGCAAAACAACAUCAGGGUUAUGGAAAAAACAUACUCCUAGUUCAACCUGGACCGAGUCUUUUAUCCAAAGUCUUCUAUCAUGUUUCUCACGUUUGCAGUUUUAGAAAAUUUGACUAUCCCCGAGUCACACAGACUGUACUGAACGAUGAGAGAUUACGAGAUGCUAUCAGAGCCACAGCUCUGGAAAGUGUUGAGAACGAUGGUAUCACCGAAGAAAAAGCUAUCGCCCAAACCGAAGCACGCGCGAAAACGAUAUUACUACACAUGCAAAGUACGAUUAGCGAUACCUUGCUCAGAAUUACGGCAUGGCUACUCUACAAACUUUUGCCACGUUUCAUCAAAUCAGCGAUCGUCCAACCCACGCAAAUUGAAAUGCUCAAAAAAGCAAACGACAGUGGUUUACCUCUCGUUUUUUUGCCUCUCCACAGAAGCCAUUUAGAUUAUAUUAUGAUCAGCUUCGUUCAGCUCAGUAACGAUGUCAGACAUCCCCUUAUAGCUGCUGGUGACAACCUGAAAAUUCCAUUGUUUGGAUGGUUACUACGUAGUCUUGGGGCAUUUUUCAUAAAACGUAGAAUGGACCCUGCCCUGGGCCGCAAAGACAUUCUCUAUCGUGCAACAUUGCACACUUACCUAAUGGAGAGUUUGAGAGCCGGUCACAACAUCGAGUUUUUCGUUGAGGGUGGUCGAACGAGAACGGGCAAACCUUGUAUGCCAAAAGGUGGAAUUCUGAGUGUUGUGGUUGACGCUUACCUCGAUGGAACGAUUGAGGAUGCUCUUUUAGUACCGAUCGCAAUGAAUUACGAGCGGCUUGUCGAUGGCAACUUCGUCAGAGAACAGCUCGGACAACCCAAAAAAAUGGAAACUUUCCGCUCGACGAUAAGUGCUAUUUGGUCUACGAUAAUGGGAAGUUAUGGAAUAGUGAAAAUCGAUAUUUGUCAACCGUUUUCGUUGAGAGAAAUGUUGAAAUCCAUUCAAACCCAAACAAAUAAAAUCAACGUGCCAUCAGCCACGCCGGAAAAAUGCCUCAAAUACACGAUGUCAAGUUCGUCGUUGUAUGGCACAGAUUUUGUGGACGAGGAGCACAGACAAUUGGUGGAUAGUAUCGCCAAACACGUCGUUUACGACUGCUCGAAAUCAACACCAAUAAUGUCGACCAAUGUCGUGGCCUUCUUGUUGCUCAAUAAAUUCCGCGACGGUUGUACUUUGGACAAACUCGUCGAAGCUUUCGAGACUUUGCGACAAGAGUUGGAGACCGCGCACAAAGAUAUUGCCUAUUGCGGGGAGAGCAUCGAUAUUAUCAAUCAUGCGCUGGACAUUUUGGGCCCCGCCUUGGUCAAACAACAGAGACAAGAGAUCACGGAAACUGUCGAUGAUCAAACACCAAAAACUCAAAGCGUUAUGAUGAUUCGACCCGUUGCAAUUCUUCCUAAUGUUAUCGAGCUUGCGUAUUACAGUAAUACGAUGAUGCUACAUUAUGUCAUGGACAGUAUCAUAGUGAGUGCCUUGUAUGCAACUUUAAAGUCCCAAAUAAACGAUCCACGAGCAAUCGCCGAAAACGACAUAACAGUAUUUCAAACGGUUCUGGUUGAGAAAUCAUUGAAGCUAUGCGACAUCCUCAAAUACGAGUUCAUUUUUUGCAAACCUUGUCAAGAUCUGGAAUACGUAAUAUGCGAUUCGAUAAGAAAUCUCACCAACACUGGAAUAAUAUCUGUACAAGAGGAGGGAUAUUUGGAAGAAGAACUUUGGAGCCGCAGAUACGCGAAAACGUUUGACGACAGUUCUGACGAAGAGCGACGUGUUGAGAAUAAAAUGAGAAUGAUUCAGUACAAGUUGAACCUCGACGUUCAUCAUUCGAGUCAUAUGGAAUUUUUACACACUAUCUUAAGGCCUCUGAUCGAUACGUACACAUUCAGUGCUUUCACGCUCCGAAAACUGGUCGGACGUUCGUUAUCCGAGCGAGACUUGAUUCAAGAGGUUUUGAGCGAAAUUAAAACAAACUUGGAUCGUGGAAUAGUCAGCUACGGUGAGAGCUUAUGCGUCGAUCCAAUAAAAAAUUCUUUGAAACUUUUCGAGAAAUGGAACGUUCUCGAAUGUCAUCCUGAACAAAACGUCAAGAUCGUGUACCUCAAAGAUGAGUAUGACAAUGACAGGGCAGCGAACGAGAUUUAUGAAACCAUCGAGACUUUUAAGUGGACCAGAAACGUUGAUUGAAGUAAAUCGUGAUAUGAAUCAACAUUUCUUUUUUUAUUGACCAACCAUAGAACCUGUAAAUAACUCAAAAUAGAAUAAACCGCGUUUUUUUUCUAAGACUAAGAAGACAAUCAAAGAAAAAAGAUUAAGUAGAAUACGAUCGUUUGAGUAACGCGAAGUUUAUAAGUCUGUGAUCAAACUCACCGAAGCUUGUACAGUUAAAAUAAAGGGAGCGACGAGCAAAAUGUGUAAUCAGAUCGAUCUCCAAAAUGGUCAAAUUGCACCGGGCUAUUCCUAUAUUUCGUGAGUGACAAUAAGAAUUUUUAAAAAUUCGCAAAACAGCAAACGGAUCGAUUAUCCGCGUAUUACACGGGCUGGGACAUCGUUAAUAUCACAAAGAUAUGUAUUUUAUAGUCAUAAAUUACUUUUGUUAUGAAUUUUGAUGAACUUGAAUUAUAAGAAUAAAGGUUGAUUAAAAAAUAUUGUAAAAA